UUUUCCAAAAUAAUUGUUUUGUCUCUUAGCUGUGCUUUCAUACAGAUAACACAGGCCCAAUACAUAAACAAUCCGGGACUUGGCAACCCGAAUUAUCCUGGCAACGCAUACGCAAACACUGGCUAUGGCAACGCAUACGCAAACACUGGCUAUGGCAACGCUAACUUUGCCAACGGAAUGGCACUGGCAAACGCAGAAGCAGCGGCAUACAACAAUCUAGCGUAUGGCAAUACUCUAGCCAAUGGCAUGUCUAUGAACCCUGCUUUUGCUAACAUGGCAUCUUAUGGUCCAGAAGGUUUCAAUGGUGGUGGUUUAAUGGUGACUAGCUCUUCGCCCAUUGCACCAAGUGGUGUGUCCGUGCUGUCAGAGAAUUUAUUAGUAGAAGGACCACUGGCUGUGACUGGACAAAUGCCAUUUUUGGGAGUUGUAUCCGUGGAAGGACCUCUAUCUGCCACUGGACAAGGUGCAGUGUCGUAUUCAUGUGGCAAUGGCAAUGUUGGCAUGGUUGGCGAAAAUUUGAAUGGCAUUCCCAACACUGGCAUUCCAAAUAAUGGCAAUGCUGGUUUCAAUGGCAUGAAUGUGCCAGGUAGAGGUUUUAACGGCUUGGGAGGUUAUUAA